CCUCGCUGUCUCUAAUUGGUCAGUGUCUGGCAGGAUUACACGAUUUUCCUCAAUUGAACACAGAGAAGUUAAACGCUCGGACAUCCUGCUGGAGACUGUCUUGCUUUUGGCUGAAUGAACGAGAAAAAACUCAGUUACCUUUCUACUACCGUCAUUCAGAUGUGUGCAAUUGACAUAUGUCGACACGUCCGCGCUGUGAUAACGAGAUUACAUAUGUUCCGCGCUGAUGGCUGCUGCAACACUCAUGAGUAAUGUGGUUGCUUAACACACGUUCGCAUUUAAGCGAUCCUGCAGGUCAGUUUACUUUAGUUUAGACCACAAACAGACAAGAUGACUCGGAUUUUCUGGGAUACAAUUUUUCUCAUAAGCGGUACUUUUACUUUUACUUCUGUGAUACUCAAUGGUUCCCUCUUUACAUUUGGAGGAGGACCGAGCAAUUCCACAAUAAUUGAAGCCAGCAUUUCUAUAGAUACAAACUCCACUGCUGCUCCGAACACCUCAACAAGCAGCUCUGCAACAACAACUAUCAUGCCACUUGCAGCUGCUACAACAGCUAACAGCCCUCAAGUUGAAAAUUCCCUCUUUACAUUUGGAACAGGACUGAUUGAUUCGAUAAAUAUAGAAGCCAGCAUUACCAUCCAUACAAACUCCACUGCUGCUCCAAACAACAUAACAAGCGACUAUGCAACUACCAACAGCAGGGAUACAAAUACCACAACUAUCACAGCUGCUACUACAACUAGCAUCCAUCCAGUUAAAAAGUUUGUGGCAGCGGCUGUCCGGUCUCAUUUCGAUGACUGUCCAGACUCACAUCGCCAUUUCUGCUUCCACGGAACAUGUCGUUUCCUGAUAUUAGAGGAGACGCCAGCAUGUGUGUGUCACCAAGGGUUUGUUGGGAUGAGGUGUGAGCAUGCAGACCUGCUGGCUGUGGUAGCGACUAAUCACAGACAGCAGACCGUUGCCACAGUGCUGGUGUUGUGUGUGAUUGGGUGUGUGCUCAUCAUGGUGUUGUGUACACUGUUACAUUGCUGGUGGAGGCGGGACUGUCACAGGCGGAGCCGAGCAAAUCACUACAUGACAGAGAAGCAUGGAGCAUCUUGCCAUCCUUCUGAGAGCGUGGUUUGAGAGGACAUCUUGCAGGAUGGUGAGCUCUCUGCAUCCGUCCGGCCCAUCAAUCCUCAGGAUUGCCUCCAAAGACCCGGCCAGAGGCAAAGGAGCGUUAUCGUAAAUGCCUGCUGGAUGUGGGAGGAUACAUGUUAAGGGUCAUUUUUCCCACUGACUGGGCCUUUUGACCUUCAGCACGGUAGGAAUCGGGAUCUCUUUGAAUCUGUAGACUUACACACAGAACUGAAACAGUCUAUUUGAAGAUCUGAGGAUGAAGCGGCAGCCUAUAUGGAGAGAGCCCCUUGGGUCCUGAUGACAGUUUGUGGCCUAGAGGACCCGGGAAUGAAUUGAGGCCAAUAAGCAUCCUGUGUGGAUGUCCGUUUGGAAAAGUUUUAUGUCUGGGCUAUCGGAGAACAAUAAUUAAUUUAAAUCAGAAUACUCCAAUUCCCAUUUCUGUCUUUUAAUAACUUUGAGCACUUUUCAUCAGAACUCUACAAGCACAUAGGACAUUUAAAAGAAAGGAUGGUGGUGGAAAACUGAUGCUUUAAAGUUUUAGUGUCAAUUUUUAAAAGAAGGAACUCACUUCACAGGACAGGAAUGGUCAUAAGGACUGACUGCUGAUGGAUUUAAAGCCCGGCACUUCAAUCAGUAAUAACACACACGGAUCUAAAUAUGUUUCAUUGAUUCCGGUUUGUUUACUGAAGCUGAAAUAUUUGUUUUAUUUUUUAAUCCUGAGCUGUACUUGAAGGUGUCCAUGCAUUAGAGGUGUUUUAAUUUGCAAGCUAUAACUGCACCACAUUCCUAUUCUAAUGUUGCACUUUUCCGCAUGCUUGUUCAAUGUUCAUAAAAACACUGCAGUUACUGUACAAUGUAGUCACUUGAAAAAGUAACAAUAUAUAGAGAUGCCAAAUACACUUUGCCUGAAUGAGCACCAAAGGGACGAGGCCCUCAGUUUGUACAAAAACACCUCCAUGCAUGCUCUUAAAUCACUGUUUGUAUUUCAAAAAACACAAGACACCUUUUAUUUUAUAAGUGGUGUGUUUAUAGCAUUGCAUCUGCUUUGCAUUUAAACACUUUUAAAGAUAACGCACCUCUGAGGUUGAUUUAAAACAAAAUAUUUACGAUUUUCUUUGAAAAACUGGAAUAAUACAUAAUAUUGUUGCUAACUGACUCAGAUGUAAAGAUCUAAAAAAAAAGAUGUGUUUUGUGUUGCAAGAGGAACAUCAAAAUGAAUGUUAUGUGGUAUUUAUAUGCCACUUUGUUUACAGUAUGUGAUGACAUUUCCAUUCAGAAUGUUAAAGUCUGUUAUGUGUAGAUAUAGAAAUGUGUAAAUGUAUGGUGUCGGUAUAAAAUCAUGGAAAAAGAUUGAUCUUCUAAUCAAAUAUCAAUUAAUUUUGUGAGAUUUAUGUUUUCACAGUUGGAAAACCUUUAUUAUCUGCUUUUGUUUUCCAAUUAAGAAUUAAAAAUGCAAGUGUGUA